AAACAUGCUUAUCAGGGCAUCAAAAUAAUAGCAGUAAAUCAUAAGGUGAAAAUGAAAUUCUUCCCAAAUGCUUGCGAUCUGCCACGUUGAUCGGAGCCCACUUGUUUGAAAUCUGGUUGCAAUAGUACUGAAAAAAAACCAUCCAACCACCAUUGAUCAUUGUUAUAUAUAGAACCUUCAGUGACUGUGUGAUUGCAAGACCCCAAGUGUCUAACAAUUACUGUGAUUUCUCCUUUAAUUCACAUUCUUCUCAAUCUUUCCGAUUCCAUGGACGGGAAGAAGUUGGAGUACAAAGGAGAGGAAGCACUGAAGGAGAUUGAGAAUCUGACAGUAAAUCCUGCUGAGGUACAAGAAAGCAUACUGAAAGAUAUUUUAACAAGAAAUUCCGAAACCGAAUAUUUGUCCAAGUACUUGAAGGGUUCAAAGGAUGUUACAGAGUUCAAGAGGCAUGUCCCUGUCAUUACUUAUAAGGAUAUCUAUCCUUAUAUUCGUAGGAUUGCGAACGGGGAGGACUCAUCUCUGAUCACUGGCCAUCCGAUAGUCGAAAUGUUAUGCAGUUCAGGGACUUCUGGAGGAGAGCCUAAGUUGAUGCCAUCGAUCGCGGAAGAUUUGGACCGGCGAACCUUUCUAUAUAACCUCAUCAUGCCAAUCAUGAAUCAGUACAUCUCUGGUCUGGAUGAGGGCAAAGCAAUGCAACUAUACUUUGUCAAGGCAGAGAUGUCCACGCCUUGCGGACUGCCUGCCCGAACAGUCCUCACCAGCUACUACAAAAGCAAGCACUUCAAGUGUCGAACACACGAUCCAUUCAACGAUUACACUAGUCCAAACCAGGCAAUUUUAUGCAAUGACAGCUACCAGAGCAUGUACUGUCAGUUAGUAUCCGGUCUAGUCCAUCGCCAACAAGUCCUGCGCCUUGGCGCAGUAUUUGCGUCAGCACUUCUGCGUUCCAUUUCAUUUCUUGAGCGCAAUUGGGCUAAAAUGUGCAAUGACAUCCGCGCAGGCCAAUUAGACUCGAAAAUCACUGAUCCUGAAUGUCGUUCCUGUAUGUCGAUCAUGAUAUCGUCCCCUGACCCCUCUCUGGCUGAUGAGAUUGAGGAAAUCUGUAGCCGUUCGUCGUGGAGGGGAAUAUUGUGUCAUUUGUGGCCAAAAGCUAAGUAUAUUGAGGCAGUUGUGACUGGUUCUAUGGGACAAUACAUACCAUCACUUGAGUAUUACAGUGAUGGGAAGUUGCCUUUGGUUUCACCAAUGUAUGCUUCCUCUGAGUGUUAUUUUGGUGUCAAUUUGAAGCCGCUCUGUGACCCCGCGGACGUGGCGUUCACACUAAUGCCUAACAUGUGCUACUAUGAGUUCUUGCCUUUGGGAGAGAAUGGCACAUUGUUGAUGCAAUUAGAUGAAGAAGAGGAGGUCCCCAAUGACAGGCUUGUUGAUUUGGUUCAUGUCAAAGUUGGGUCCUACUAUGAAUUGGUGGUCACUACCUAUGCUGGACUGCAUCGUUAUCGGAUUGGUGAUGUGCUGCAAGUGACCGGAUUCCACAACCGGGCCCCGCAAUUCCGAUUCAUAUGCAGGAGAAACGUUGUUCUCAGCAUCGACAAUGACAACACCAAUGAAGAAGAUCUCCACAAAAGCAUUACAGUUGCAAAAAAGUUGCUGGAUCCCUACAAUGCAAUACUGGUGGAAUACACUAGCUAUGCAGACACAUCAUCCGUGCCGGGGCACUAUGUGUUGUACUGGGAAAUCCUACAUCAUCCCCCACAAAGCAAUGUAGAUUCAUUAGCUGAUGAAUAUUCCAAAGUGAUUGAACAAUGUUGCCUUGCAGUGGAAGAAGAAUUGGAUUAUACGUACAGAAGGUGCCGCGCCCACGACAAGUCUGUCGGGCCGCUGGAGAUACGGGUGGUGGAGCCAGGAACCUUUGAGGCACUCAUGGACAUGUUCAUAAGCCAAGGAGGGUCUAUCAACCAGUACAAAACACCGAGGUGCGUCAAGUCUAGGGUUGCACUUGAAUUGCUUGAUUCGCACGUCAAGGCUUCGUUUUUCAGUUAUAAGGAUCCUAAUUGGAUCCCUUGAAUUGUGUUUUGAAUAUUUGUACACAAAAAUUGAUCAACAAUCCUCUUUUUUGUUGAUCUUAUGUGUCUUUUGAUUGGUAAUUUGGUCUUUCAACUAAAAGGGUACGCCCC